AUGAAUUCACAGAAUUUUGCAUGGCAAAAUGAUGACUCAAAGUUUGGGAAGAAGAUGCUGGAGAAGAUGGGAUGGACACCGGGUUGUGGAUUGGGCAAAUAUGAACAAGGAAUUGUUGAAAAUUUGCAACCGAAAGCAAACAUUUCAACGAGAGGUCUGGGGUGUACUGAAAGAAGCGAUGAAGUUUUGAUUGCCCAUCAUGACAGUUUUGCAGCCAUUUUAGCCGAUUUAAAUAAAAAGAAAGAGAAAUCAAAAAUUAAACAGAUCGAAAAAAGUUUGAACAAAGUGCAAUCAAAAAUAAUUUUGAAUGAGCACAGAAAAGACAAAUGUUUCCCAGGCAUGUCAGAAAAAGAUAAGUGUGCUAUUUUUGGCAAGAGAUCAGAGAAGAGAACUGUUGAUAAAAACACUGAAGAGAAUAUGCAGAAAGAUGAAGUUAAACCGGAAUCAUCAUCUGGGAACAUAACGGUCAACAAACUUUCGAUAAAUGAUUAUUUUUCUAAAAAAAUGCAAAAAUUGAGCAAGAGGCAAAAAGUUUGA